GUGGGUUAUAUGAUGAAGGAGGCCAUAAAUUAGGCAAUUGGGUGGAAAUACAUGAGUGUUUUUCCGAUGAUUUUUAAGUUACUUAUGUUGGUGAAUAUAAAAAUGGAACAAAAAUUGGUGUAUGGGAUAUUUGGUAUAAGAUUGAGUUUGGUGAUGAGCAAAAAGAAAGGAUGUAAAAAUUUAUAUCUAAUUUGCAUAUAAUAAUGAAAAUGAAUAUGUGUUUAGUGGAGGUGGAUCGUAUGAUGAAGGAGGCAAUAAGUUUGGAAAUUGGGUGGAGAUUUCUAAUAGUUUUUCCGAAGAUUCUUAAGUCACUUAUGUUGGUGUAUAUAAAAAUGGAAGCAAAUUUGAUAGAUGGGAUAUAUGGUUUCAAGAGGAUGAUGAAAAAAUUAAAAUGUAAGAAAUAAAAUAUUAUGUGCUUUUAAUAACAAUUAUAUGUGUUACAGUGGAGGCGGAUAAUAUACUGAUGGGAUUAAAUUUGGUUAAUGGGUGGAAGAAUCCGAUGGAUUUAGUGAUUGUUCUUAAAUAACUUGGGAAGGUGAAUAUCAAAAAGGUAAAAAAAUUGGUAAGUGGAAUAUCCUCUAUGAAAUGUCAAAGAUGUAAAAUUAUAUUAUAAAGCGGGCAUAUUAAUAAUCUAUGCGAUUAAUGAAGUGG